AUGGAUCAUAUUUACCGGGAAAUCUUUGACAAGCCGUUCUUCUUUGUUCCCUACAGAAUAGCUGGAUGUUAUGGUGAAGGUAAAGACCAAAAGAACGAUGGAUUAGCCCAUGGAGUUCAAUUUCAAUCCACCCUGGACGAUAUUUUGGGAGAGAUCCUUCGAGGGAAUCCAGAGGGCGGCCAUGCCUGGAGAUCCCAGUUGCUGAGACUCCUGGAUCCCAUAUUACGCACCGAUAAGGAUGAGCCACCUCAGCUGGAGACCACUAAACGGCGAUCUCAGACAGCCCAAGAGGAGGCUACGAAAGACAUCAUUCAGUAUUUUAUGACGGGCUCUGCUGCUCAUAUCAUUUGCACCCCGCUCAAAGAUGCAAAGGCCAUCGGAGAACUUGAACGCAUCUUUCGAACCGCAGUCCACAUGUCCCAUAAGCUCUGGCUGAGAAGAAGUUCCCUUGAAAUUCAGACUCUUCAGGAGCUCCCCUCGCAUUUUAACUCUGGUCAUGUCCUGUUAAGACCUCACUCUCUUCAUUCAAACGCUUUGACCGACAAUGGUGCGGCAUUGGAUGGUCAGCCUAUUCGAAUCGUGGUUCAACCUGCGAUUCUGGUGCGUGGAAAGAGUGACGGGUCCGAAUACGAACAUGCGGUCGUUCUAAAACCGGCCGUGGUGUGGAUGGGGUGA